AUGGAGGACUGGGAUGACGAAGCUGAGCUUGCGCCGCUGGCGCCCCUCAAACCCAUCACAGAGCGACUGCAAGGCCUCAAGCCAUCGCAGGAACUGCUGGAGUUUUAUCGCAAAAAAAUAGAGGAGUAUGAGGGUGACCAGGCUGCCAUCCUGGCUCGGCUUGAGAAAUACAAGCAAACCUACGAAGAAAAGCACAAACUGCAAUGGGAUCUGGCCCAACGCGAUUCGGAAAUCGAACAGCUGCAAAAGGCCCUGAGCGAUAUGCAGGUCUAUCUCUUCCAAGAGCGUGAACACGUUUUGCGGCUAUACGCCGAGAAUGAUCGUCUCAAAGUCCAAGAGCUCAGUGAUCGAAAGAAGAUUCAACGGCUCUUACACAUGAGCAGUACAGAAGAUGCUGGGGAGGAAACCACCUAUUUCAAGCAGCCUGGCGCAACCAAAAUUGUUGCCCCCCAUGAAAAGGUCAAGCGAGCUGUGCUGGAGGAGCGAGCCUCAAAAUCUACCACCCGGACCAGUGCAAAAGAAGAGCUGGAGGUGGCGCGCAAACGGCUAGCCUUUCUGGAGGACCAAAAUGAGACGCUGUCGCUGACUGUGGAGGCUCUCAAGGCGCAACUACAAGACCAGGCGCGACUGGCUAAGGAGGAGACCGCAGCCUUGAUUGAAGAUCGCAAAGUUCGCGCCGAGGAAGCCCAACUCAAGUCUGCCAAGGAUGCCGAACAGUUGCGCCGACAGACAGAGAAGCUCAAAAACACACAGCAGCUCUUGUACGACAGCACUCGUGACCUCCUCGAGCUCAAAUAUGCACAUCGAGCCGCGCUGCGGGAGAGCGAAGAAGAGAAAGAACGGCUCCUGCACCGCAUCGAAGAACUCAAGGAGGACAUCGACAAGCAACAUGCCCAAGCCAUGGCCCAUUUGAAACGCCAGGCACUGCAAUCAACACGUGUCCACACGGCUCGUGAGAAGCUGGACAAGGAGUACCGAGAUAUGGGCACCAACGCAUAUCGCCCGGGUGGACGCGGCAUUGAUCAUGAUGCUCCCUCGCCGCAGCGGGCAAGCGGCACCAGCGGCACCCCAAAACGUGGGGCAACCAAUGCUGCAAUUGGCUCAGACCCACAGCCUACGAACCUGGAGUUGGAGGAUUUUUUGACCGCCGAAAAGCCGCAAGCCGCCCUGCAAGACACGCUAGCUGAGAUGUAUCGGGAGCAAUGCGUCCAGCUUGAGGAUGAGGUUUGCCAGCUGCGUGAGCAGCUUGAAAUCAAACGCAGCGAGAAUACGCGCACGUCCAAAACACACGCUGAGCGUGCCAAGCUUUGGAAGCAGCGCUACGAAGCACUUGAUCGACGCCGCACCUUGGAAGCAGAGGGCUACCGCACGGAUAUUGACCAACUAAGGAAGCAACUCAAGGGCAUGGAACGCCAACUUUACAAAUUUGCAGUUCAAUCUGGGCCGGCCAGCAGUUCAACAAAAUCGAUGGUUCAACAUGCUCGCCAAGCCGCCGUGCGCAGCGAAAAGGUCAUGGGCGAGCUCCAACAACUCAAAGCGCGCAUCUUCAAUGCUGAGCGCCAAGUACAUAGAACGCACGACUUCUAA